UUUCAUAUUUGUCGUCUUCCAAUGGAUGGCGAGGAGAGCAAGCAACCACCCAGGAGAAUCCCCUUUACCCGGCUUGAACAAUUCCAAUCCGAUUUGGCUUUAGCCAUUACUUUGCAAGAACAAGAGAGGGCCUUCACAAGGCUCGCCACCAUUGAAAGCACCAGCGAAGAAGAUGAUGAAAGUAAUGCUUCAGAUGAUGACAGCUAUCAUGACGAUGAUGCUGAAUACUUUGAGAGCCAAAAAGUUCAAGCAGAACUCGAGCUUCUCGAGAGAGAAGAAGAAGAAGAAGAUAGCAGCAGUGAUGAUGAUGAUUAUGAUGAAGAAAUGGAUGAAUUAGAUGAUCUUGACCCAGAUGAACUAUCAUACGAGGAGUUGAUAGCAAUAGGAGAGUUCAUAGGAGAAGAGAAGAGAGGAUUAUCGAUAACCGAUAUUCCUACGUGCUUACGUGCAUGUAGAUGUCAGCCCGUUGAGAGCAAAAACGGCGGCGUUGAUCGGUGCGUUAUUUGUCAGGUUGAGUAUGAAGAAGGUGAAGCCCUGGCAGCUCUUGCUUGUGAACAUCCCUUUCAUUCCGAGUGUAUAAGCAAAUGGCUUCAAAUUAAGAAGAUUUGUCCAAUCUGUAGCACCGAAGUUGCACCACCCAAAGCAGCUACUUCUUCUUUAUAACCAAUUAAUUUGCACUGUAAAUUGUGUUAUUAAUGUUUAAUAGAAUUUGAAUGGAAUU